GAGACGCUGCUGACGCUCUGCUCGCUCCACGGACAACACCGAGUCACGUUCUGUUCUUUUCUCGCUCCACCGACAACACCGAGUCACGUUCUGUUCUUCUCUCGCUCCACAGACAACACCAAGUCACGGUAUGUUCUUUUCUGGCAGAACCGGAGAGCGAAAGCCCUUUAGGAUUCUAUUUAUCGCGUGUGAUAUUUGGAGCUGAACGACCGGUCGUGACGGAGGACGCGAGGGGAAAUACAAAAAAAGAGCGAAAGGGAGAAAAGAAAAGGUGGUGUUCUCCCAUCAGAAACACUCUGAGCAGCUUGACAGCACAGGACGGAAGGAAGGAGGGAGGGAGGGAGAGAGAGAGAGAGAGAGGGAGGGAGAGAGAGAGAGAGAGAGAGCGAGCCGACCAUCUGUGAAUCACAUCAAGGCAGCUGUGGUUAGAGUGGACUGCAGUUAUUUUACGAACGAGAGGCAGAGAGGGGGAUAGAAGUGGAGAGAAGGAGAGGGGGAUAGAAGUGGAGAAAUGGAGAGAGAAGGACAAAAGGAGAGGGGGCCUGGGUGAGUUUCCAAGCCCAGGACGGUGAACCCUGAUCGGGGGGUUAGAGUUCCUUUGGAGAGAUGAGGACCUCUGAGAAGACAGUGUUUAGACACAGGUGAAAAUCAAAUGAAUCCUGGCUCUAAUGGAUCCUGUGAUUACAACAUGGAUUGACCUUUUCUUCCUUCUGAUCUGAAGGAAUAUUUUAGUUUUUUAUGUGGACGUUUUUCUGUGUGGAAAUGUGUCUAUUUUUUCUGCAUGAAUUUGGAGUUUCAAGUCUUUCUGGUGUGUAUUUUAAGGAGGCUGUUUAGUUGACUGGAUCUGAAACUGCUCCACUCAUCUGAAGGGAUUUAAACAAGAACUAUUUUGGCCUUGGAUUUUUUUCACGUUGUGUUUUUUUCCAAUAUGUUUUUUUAGUAGUUGAGACUGCUUUGUAACCUUGGUAACCAAGCGGUAACCAGGCGUCAACUGAGCGGUAACCAUGGCAGCAGCCUAUCGCGUGGUAGUGAGCAGUGUUAGUUGCUACAGCAGCGUGGUGGUGGACCGUCGGGCUCAGAGUCACGCGGUGCACUACUGCUCCGGGUCAUGUGGGGCGUUGUCCCAGGGACUGGACUGUACUGUUGCCCAUCGCAGCACCUGCUCCGAGCUGCUGACCGCCCCCUCACACACAUUCACACACAACCUGACCCGAAACGCUAACUCUCCUCACCAAAUCCCCAACAGCUCUAAACUUAGUAUAACCGGCUGUAACGGGGGUAGUGGUGUUCCUAAUGAUCCUAACAUUGUGUAUGGUGUGGUGGGGGAGGACAGUCCUCCAUGGCGAGGUAAGAAGGCCAACACUACCACCACUACUACCAGCUCUGGUCCUGACCGGCCUCUCCAGAGCUCUGCCAGUCUGAAGGACAUCACAGGAGAAGCCAUCAACCUGGCCAGUGGCAAACUCAAAGAGUUCUCCUUCGAGAAGCUCCGCCUCUCCACCAGUCACGUGACCUUCAGGAAAGGUCGCAAGGUCAGGCCGGACUCGUACAGCCGUCGGUCCACGGACCUCGACAUCGUCUACGGACAGUUCACCGGGAACGUCGGAGGAACGGGGAAUGGGACUAUUACCGGAAAUGGAAACGCCAAUGAUGAGAACCUGCCUCCUUUCAGCGACACCACCAAGCUGCUCAAAGGCCUAUCGCCUGCUAGCAUCACCGCUGGGGGCGGGUCUCUAUCCACAACCAGCCUAUCCAGUGUCUCCAGGGCCGGGGACGGGUCCACCAGUAGCCUAUCCAGCGCCUGCUCUGGUUCCUUGGAGGCGGGGCUAAACACAGUGGCGUCUCUCUACCUCAGCUCAUUAGCCGACGAGUCCCUCAUCGCCCGGUUACUGGAGAAGACCCGUGCAGGGGAGGAGGGAGGAGUGGGAGGAGCAGGGGGGGAAGACAUACGGGCCUGUCUGGACAUUCUGGUCAAGUGUUCAGAGGACUUGAAGAAAUGUACUGACAUCAUCAAGCAGUGUAUCAGUCGGAAGAGUCCCGGGGGAGGGGAGGAUGGGGGAGCCAGUCCAGAGAGCAUCUACAGAGCUGUGAUGACCAGACUGAGCUCCUAUCUGAGGAAACUGCCUCUAGAGCUGGAGGGGGCUGGGUUAGGGUUAGGGUCAGGGAUUGGAGGUCAUAGCGAGUUGGCCGAGCUGGUUAGUAGUCUCCAUAUGCUGCAGCAAGCUGCUGUCCCCUUCUCACCCAUAUUUGGGAAUGAUCAACCGCCACGGUAUGAGGACGUUGUUCAGAACCCUCCCUUACCCAAGAGCAGGGAUAUACUGCCACCCUCGUCACUCGCUCCAGACUCUUCUCUCUCUUUGUCCACUACGCCUGAGACAGCAGGGAGACAUAAGGUUCAGACCAACGGGCUGCAGCACACACACACUCUGUCACACACACACUCUCCCUCACCGCACACACACACGUUGUCCGUUUCUACCCCUCCAUCCCAGGCACACACACCUUCCUUGCAAACGCACACUCCGUCAGCGCGCACACACACUCCGUCCAUCUCCCCCAUGGAGGCUCUCUUCAUUGAGGAGGAUGCAGACCUGGGAAGGGGGCUGAACAGGGCUUCCAGACCCACACACUCACACACCCCGGCCAGAAGCCUCACACACACUCACAGUCGGAACGGGACAGCUUUUAGUCCACACACACCCCCCAGCUCCGCGCACACACACCUCAGCCCCAAUCUGUCACACGUACACGUUACACACACACUCCAGUCUGCCAGUGAAGACCUCACCUGCCCCCCAACCUCCGAACACACCCCUCCUGUCACUCAUAGAGACGACGACAUCGACAGGCUUCUGAUGGACUUGGAGUGUCUGUCACAGAGCAUGGGUCGGGAGAGAGACCGAGUCAGAGAGGGAGAGAGAGAGGCGGAGCCCCUUCUCCCCGUUAAGACCAGACAGAGGGGAACAGGACAGGGGAACACCUCCCCACCAACCCAACCCUGUCUCCAGACACAAACCCAAAUCAACCCCCAGGCUCAAAGGCCUGUUCGCCACCUAACUGCUAAUGCCCAGGCCACUAGGUCGAUCCCCAGCUCGCCUGCUCCUCUCCCCCAGGCAGAAGGCAGCAUGGUGGGGCUGGGAGAUGAGGAGGACGGGGCUCUGCUGCUGAGGAUCCUGGAGAGCAUUGAGAGCUUUGCCCAGGAAUUGGUGGACUCUGGGGGUAGUCCUGGGAACACUGGGAAGACUGGGGCUCAGAGCAAAGAGAAGGAGGUGAUGAGACUCCUACAGGACACUCUGGCUACUGCAGCCAAGACUGACACUCUGACGCAGGCCAAACUACCUGGAUCUCCACCCGCUGGGCAAGAUGGACCUGUACAUGUGUCUGCCUCCACACCAACACCUGCACCUGCACCCAGACUUACAGAUGGACCUGUUCCUACGGUCCUACCUGUCUCUACAGCUCCCACACCUGUCCCUGUCCCCACAACCCUAGCAGAGACUGUCUCUACAGCUCCCACACCUGUCCCUGCCCCUAUCCCCACAACCCUAGCAGAGUCUGUCGCCACAGACCAAGCUACACCUUCUGCCCUACCCACACCUGUUCCACCACCUACAGUCGUACCCACACCUGUUCCACCACCUACAGUCGUACCCACACCUUCAGAAGCAGCCGCUGAAUGUGAACAUCCACCUGUAGCUGACCUGACAGCUGUACUUACCACCACGGCCACCCCUCCACCCUCCCCUGUCCCGCACCCUACACCCACACCUGGAGAGGCACCUGUUGCAACCAUCGCUGCUCCUCCCGUUGCCGUGAGACACCCGGUUGCCCCUAGCGAUGUGGUUGCCCUGAGAGACAUCGGCUCGACGCUGCUCAUCCAGCAGACGCCUGAGGUGAUCAGAGUCCAGUCCAACAAGCAAGAUAAGAAAUCUGGCACCCCUCCUCCAGCCCCUCUCUCCCCCACCCCCUCCGUUCCUCCCCCCCACCGCUCCCCCUCUCCUCCCCCCACUCCAGUCGUCCUCACCCCUCCUCCCCCUCCUCCCCCUGCCCUCAACAUUCCCCACUUCUACUACCCUCGAGGGUUACCAGGGGCAACAAAAGUCAACCACGAUGCGGCCAUCACUGCCAUAGAGACAGCCUUCACUGAGUUUGAGGAGGAGAAGGCUGAUAUUUACGAGAUGGGCAAGAUCGCUAAGGCAUGCGGCUGUCCUCUGUACUGGAAGGCAGCCAUGUUUAACGGAGCGGGAGGAGAGAGGACCGGCUUCGUCUCUGUUCACUCCUUCAUCGCUACCUGGAGAAAGUUGUUACAUAGUUGCUAUGACGAUUCGUCUAAGUUUAUCUACCUCCUAGCAAAGCCUGGCUGUUCGUACCUGGACCAGGAGGACUUCAUACCUUUAUUACAGGACAUAGUGGACACUCACCCAGGACUGACGUUCUUGAAGGAUGCCCCAGAAUUCCAUUCCCGUUACAUCACCACCGUGAUUCAGCGGAUAUUCUAUGUGGUCAACCGCUCGUGGACAGGUCGCAUCACCAUGACGGAACUACGCAGGAGCAACUUCCUGCAGACCCUUGCCCUGUUGGAAGAGGAGGAUGAUAUCAACCAGAUAACAGAUUAUUUCUCUUAUGAGCAUUUCUAUGUGAUCUACUGUAAGUUCUGGGAGUUGGACACAGACCACGACCUUUACAUUGACCCUAAGGACCUGGCUCGUUACAACGACCACGCAUCUUCAAGCAGAAUCAUUGAGAGGUUGUUCUCAGGAGCCGUUACACGGGGAAGCUCAGUGCAGAGAGAAGGGAGGAUGAGUUAUGCAGAGUUCAGCUGGUUCCUCAUCUCAGAGGAAGACAAGAAAAACCCUACCAGUAUAGAGUACUGGUUCAGGUGUAUGGACACAGAUGGGGACGGUGUGUUGUCUAUGUUUGAGUUGGAGUACUUCUAUGAGGAGCAGUGUAGUAGGAUGGAGGGGAUGGGCAUUGAACCCCUACCCUUCACAGACCUGCUCUGUCAGAUGCUAGACCUUGUCAAACCUGAAAGCCAAGGUAAGAUAACCCUGUCUGAUCUGAAGAGGUGUAGGAUGGCUCAUAUAUUCUUCGACACGUUCUUCAACCUGGAGAAAUACCUGGACCACGAGCAGAGAGACCCCUUCGCUUUGCAGAAGGACAUAGACAACGAGUGUCCAGAGCCUUCAGACUGGGAUAAAUACGCUUCAGAGGAGUAUGAGAUCCUGGUGGCAGAAGAGACAGCUAAUGAACAGCUGCAGGAGGGGACAUUUGAUGAUGACUAUGAUGAGGCGGAGCUUCCUGUUCAAGGAGAGAUGGUUGGGAAUAAGAUGGAUAAGCUGCUCAUAUCAGAUCUGUCAGCAUGACAUUCCCAAAGCCUGGAAUAGCGCUCCCUUCUCCUUGGAUAUACAGGAGACAGGGGAGAGAGGAAGAGGGAUGGACGGGGAGAAAUUAAGAAAAAGAUAAAGCGAUGGAGGACUCCAAACUCUCUCAGCUUCUCCUUUCAUACACAGACAGGGACAGAAGAGAUGGUGAGAAGACAGAGAGGAUGGACAGAACGAGAGAGAGGAUGGCCAGAAUGAGAGAGAGCAUGGACUGAACGAGAGAGAGGAUGGACAGAAGGAGAGAGAGGAUGGACAGAAAGAGAGAGAGGAUGGACAGAAGGAGAGAGAGGAUGGACUGAACGAGAGAGAGGAUGGACAGAAGGAGAGAGAGGAUGGACAGAAAGAGAGAGGAUGGACAGAAGGAGAGAGAGGAUGGACAGAAAGAGAGAGAGGAUGGACAGAAGGAGAGAGAGGAUGGACAGAAGGAGAGAGAGGAUGGACAGAAGGAGAGAGAGGAUGGACAGAAGGAGAGAGAGGAUGGACAGAAGGAGAGAGAGGAUGGACAGAAGGAGAGAGAGGAUGGACAGAAGGAGAGAGGAUGGACAGAAGGAGAGAGAGGAUGGACAGAAGGAGAGAGAGGAUGGACAGAAGGAGAGAGAGGAUGGACAGAAG